AUGGAAAUCGAACAGACUUUAAAGAGUGAAGACUGCGUCAGCUACGAUGAAGAAGUCAUCGAACACCACGGCCAUUCAGACUGGUCAUCCUCAAAUAUAAACGAACGUCCUGUAGCUGUCGUCUACCCCCGCAGCACCGAAGAGGUCUCUCUAAUCGCCCAGAUCUGCUCCGCCCAUGAUGUCCCCAUGGUCCCCUUUGGCGCGGGCUCCAGCGUCGAAGGGAACUUCCUAGCGCCCUACUCAGGAAUUUGCAUCGACUUUUCCUACAUGGAUAAAAUCGUCGCAUUCCAUCCGGAGGACAUGGACGUCGUGGUGCAGCCGGGAGUCAAUUGGGUAGAUUUGAACGAGCAGAUUAGGCAUGCUGGGUUGUUUGCGCCGUUGGAUCCGUCGCCGACGGCGCAGAUUGGGGGCAUGGUGUCGACGAAUUGCUCCGGGACGAAUGCGAUGCGGUAUGGGACUAUGAAGGAUUGGGUGGUGAAUUUGACGGUUGUCUUGGCGGAUGGGUCUGUGAUUAAGACGAGGAGGCGGCCGAGGAAGACGUCUGCGGGUUACAACCUGACCUCGUUGUUCGUCGGCGCUGAAGGUACUCUGGGCAUGGUGACUGAAGUGACGUUGAAACUUGCUCCUAUUCCGCAGGAUACGAGUGUAGCGGUUGUGUCGUUCAAGGAUAUACGUGAAGCGGCGUCUGCUGCGUCAAGUAUCAUUAGAUCGGGGAUCCAGCUUGCAGCGCUCGAGUUGAUGGACGAUUUGCAGAUGCAAGUCAUAAACCGCCACGGCAGCGCCGCAGUCCGCAAACGCACCUGGGACGAAGGUCCGACCCUGUUCAUGAAAUUCUCCGGCACCACCGACGCCAUCCAAAGCGAUAUCCAGCGAGUCUCAGAACUCAUCAAACCGCAUAACGCGGGCCAAUUUCACUUCGCCAAAACCAAGCAAGACGAGCAAGAUCUCUGGGCGGCGCGGAAGGAAGCCCUGUUCACGAUGGUGAGUAUCCGGAAGGAGGGGACUGUGCUCUGGUCGACGGAUGUCGCGGUGCCGUUGAGCAGGUUGGCGGAUAUCAUAGAUGUUUCCAAAAAGGACUGCUCGCAACUCGGCAUCUUCGCCAGCGUCAUCGGCCACGUCGGCGACGGCAACUUCCACGUCGCCAUGUUCUACGACCCUAACGAUGCGGCGCAGAAGGCGAGGGUGAGUAAAGUCGUGCAUGAUAUGAUGGAUCGGGCGUUGGAGAUGGAGGGGACGGUUUCGGGGGAGCAUGCUAUUGGGCUUGGGAAGAAGGAUUGUCUUGUAGAUGAGUUGGGGAUCGAGACAAUUGAUUUGAUGAGGACGUUGAAGAGGAGUGUGGAUCCGAAGUGGUUGUUGAAUCCUGGGAAGGUCUUCGAUCUACCGUCAUAG